UUUUAUUCUCUCUUGCCAGAUCGUUGUAACCCAGACCCAGUGUGUGGUGUAAUUCUGCGGCCUCCACCUCUGCAGAUGGAUCUGGAUCUGUCUGUGCUGAUGGAUGGGUCUGAUAACGUGAACACUCAACACUAUGCAAAUAUGAAGGAGCUUCUGGUGUCUCUGUUGGACCGGAUCGAUGUGAGCAGUGAACCGAGCAGAGCCGACAGAAAAACCAGGCUGUCCGUCUACCAGCAGAGCUCCGUUUAUGGCUCAUCUUACAUCAACGAGGAGUUCAGCUUCACUAAAUAUAAAGAUCGCAAUAUCAUGAAGAGGCAUAUUAAAGAUACAGUGAAGCAAGUGGGCGGGACAUCCCACCCUGACUUUGCUUUGGAGUUGCUGAUUACUAACGUUAUCCUUAAAGUAGAAAGACAACGAAGCAAACGAAUGGUCAUGGCUGUUUUUGGUGAAGAUUUUAAGCACAACAAAGCUCAGCUUGAUUAUUUGUCUAGACUGUGUAAGUGUCAGAAUGUUGUGAUGUUUAUUCUCAUGGCGGGACAGAGAUUCGACCGGACACAGAUGGAGGAGCUCACCAGUUCUCCUCUGGACCAGCACCUGGUGUUCCUGGAUGACAGAGGUUAUGGCACACGCUUCGCUUACGCCUUCCUGCAUAUGCUCCACAAAGGAAUCUUACCCCAGUCAUUAAUACCUACUCCUGAUUGUCGUGGGUUUGUGGUGAGGCCUGUUGGAACUGGACCACAACCCACAGAGAGUGCUAUUCUGCCCACUGAAGCGCCCACCGAAGAGCCCACCGAAGAGCCCACUGAAGAGCCCACUGAAGAGCCCACCGAAGAGCCUUAUGAAGAGCUCACCGAAGAGCCCACAGAAGAAACUUAUAACUAUUAUGGAGAUGAGCAAAACAAAGAAUCAUUCAUUGAAGCCAGUCAAUAUGAUGACACUGAUCAAUAUAGAAAAGAGCACAGAAAGGACAAAAAGGACAAAAAGGAGCCCUCCAAGGCUAAAGCACGCUGCUUCCUUGAGAAAGAUUCAGGCCGUGUGUGUGGAUCGUAUAUGUCCAGAUGGUAUUACAGCCAGCAAACUAAGAAAUGCAUGCGCUUCUGGUAUGGUGGUUGUGGCGGAAAUGAAAACCGAUUCUUGACUGAGGAUGAGUGCUUUAAGGAAUGUGUGUCUACAGAAUCUGAAAAUCUUCAACAGGAUGAUUCCAGUUUCAAGGAUGUUUGCCAGCUCAUACUUGAUGCAGGAACUUGCUCAAACUUUUCAGUGAAAUGGUACUUCAACGUCAGCAGUGGUGAAUGUGUCCAGUUCUGGUAUGGAGGCUGUGACGGGAACAGCAACAGGUUCAACACUCAGGAGGAUUGUGAGAUUCGCUGUCUCAGGGCCAAAAAAUAUCUCAAAACAUCUAAACAGUGAUACAGUUGUGGUGAGAAUUGUUGGCACCCUUGGAAAAUAUGAACAAAGUAACCCGUGGAAAUAAAUCUGUAUUAAUCCUUUUGAUAUUUUAUUUUAACAUUUUACAAAGAUCUACGUUUUAAUUGGAGAAUAAGAUUUUUUUUUUUCUGUUGGUAUUUGAAUUUAUUACUUUUUCAUUACAGGGAUGCUUUUUCACCCGUGUGUACCAAACCCAUCUCGAUUCAAACUGCUAAAAUUCUUAUUUUUAAUUGAAACUGACCAUAAAACCCAGUACCGUUUGAAGAUCCAGAAAUGUCUGGCUAGUGAAUAUGCUGGAGAUUGUACUUGGAUGAGAGCAUUUUUGUUUCUUGAUUUUAUUAUUGAAACCCUCCCAAACAAUGUGGUGCUAUAGGUGUUGUUUGUUAGAUUUUUUUUUAAUGCUUUCUGACCCCAAGGCUCAGUUAUUUUCUGUAACUCUUUAGCUGUGGUCCUUGGCCACUCAAGCUAUCCUCCUCAGCUUGCAUUAAGACAGUCUAAAAACACAUCCUCUUUCAUAAUUUUACAUUUUUAUAUAACUUUAAUGCUCUAUCAGAGCACUGCCUUUUGACUGAAUUGCUCAUCAACUUUUAUGAUGGCUGUUGUUUAUUGAUUAUUAUUCAAUAAAUAAUAUUUCAUUUGCCAUCUUGAAA